AUCCCUCAGUAAUAUUUUGCAGUCCUGUCAAACACUCCACCAAGUCUUAAAACAUUGAAUGAAUAUCAAUUACAGCACACGGCUACACACCAUGUCCAUUAUUAACUCCGAAGACACCAACACAUUGGUGGAAUGGAAUCUCAGCGACAAUGUGACGUCCACCCCCCAAGACUCGGACAAUCUGCCCUCCGACUGCAGCUCCCAGCAGAGAAGCCACUUGGAGUAUGUCCUGCUCGACUACAAGCAGUUCUUGGCCGCUAGGAUCAUACAGAGCAACGUGCGUGGCUGGCUUUGCCGACUCGAUUUACGCAAGCGGAACCUGGCCGCAACCACUAUUUCCAGAUGGUGGCGCGGCUUCUGGGUACGAAACAUGAAGUUCACCGUGAUCGAGGCCGAGCUGCAGGAGCGUAUUAUGGAGUACUUUGACGACAUGGCCAUCAAGAUACAAUCUAUCUUCCGGGGCUGGCAUGCCCGGAUGAAUUACCAGGACUUCCAGGGCAUGCAAUCACUUCGAAUGCAGUACGCUGAGGAAAUGCUCAGCGAGCUGGCCACGAGUCUCCACAAAAUGCGGAAAGAUCGUUUGCUGCCAGGAAUCUAUUGCCUGCGGGGAUCUGACUUCCUAAAAAAGAUCGAGGGCCUGUCCCUUACCUUCGGCUAUCGUUUCCACAACGGACGCAUGCGGGCGGCCAUCGCCCAGAGGCGAGCCAUGGUUGCGAGACAGCGCCAUGACUUUCAGAAAUCCAUGUUCUUCACACCGGCUCCCUUCCCGGCACCCGCCUCGCAGUUGGCAAAUCAACCAGACUUCUGUGCAUAUAAGAGGAUUGGCACACAACAGCAGCGGCUCUUCCUGCUGUACGACAAGUGCAAUCGGGACAGCCAUGUGAAGAAGAUUCACUUGAAUCUCUCGGCGCGUCUCCGAUCUAACAUGGAGGCGAAUCGCGAAGUCAUUAGGCGCCGUUUCUGUAAGGAGUUCAUAAAGCGGACGAUCCGGGGUCACCCCAACCAGUCGACUUAUCAGCCCAGCUCCGCAUUGAUCCAGCAGUUCAUCGACGAUCUCCUGAACGACGCCGGGGAGUACAAUUGCUACUGCAGCUCGAAGGUCCACAAUGAUUUGGAAACCGGGAUGUAGUAACUAAGAUUACGUUAUAUUGGCUAAUAUUUUUUGAAAUUUUGUGUUGUCACAACACACAGCAGAUACAUUUUAGCAAAGUAUAUAAUUACAUAUA